AUGAAGAAUUUAAUUCUAAUUUGCUUAUUAGCUAUGGUCUUAGCAUAGCAAGUUUAAUUCACAAACAGAUGUAAUGAUUGUGGAUAACUAAAAUCACAGAAUGAUUGUGAAUAAGAAGUUACUGUUACAGGAGCUUGUGAAUGGGUGGCUGCAUCAGAAACAACACCUGCAAAAUGUUAGAAGAAAACAACAAUCGAUCCAGUUGCUUCAUUCAAACCUUAUUGUGAAAUUGUUGAUAAGCCUGAAACCAAUUGUGCAAAAACGUUUGGAUGUGCCUAUGCUGAUUCUAAAUGUACACAUUUUACAGGAUGUCCAGCCUAUGUUAAAACUACAACAACAGAUUGCUAGGCUAUAUCCUAUUUUUGUGUUAGUGAUGGAAAUUCAUGUAUUGAAGCUAAGGAGUGUAAGGUUUACAAAUAAUAAUAAUGUGAGUCUACUCCAAGUAUCUCAGGAAUUUUGAAAUGUAAAUGGGAUACAACUGCCGGAAAUUGCAGAGAUUAUGCUUGCUCAGAGGAUGAUAUCACCUUAAAUACAGACGCCAAAUGUUCAAGCUGGUUAGCUGGUUGUGUGAAAAAAGAUUAAGGUUGCGUUAAUGCUCCAAGAACUGCAUGUGCUUCCUAUACUGGAGAUGAUGCUGCUUAUUAAUCAUACAUAGGAUCAGAUGGAAAUUAUAAAUUAGCAACAGGAACAACUAACUGUAAAGCCAAGGAAUGUGCGAAUGCACCAACAUCAUUAGCUUCUGAUGAUGACUGUAAGGCCUAUUAAAAAGGAUGUAUCACAACAGGAAAAGGUUGUGUUUUAGCAACAACAAAACCAUUAUGUUCAACCUAUUCUGGUGAUAACACUGCUUGUGUUGGAUACCUUGGAUCAGAUGGAGUUUGUGAAGGUGAUGCUGGAGGUUCUAAAUGUAGAGCCAGAAAAUGCGACAAUGGGUCGUUCAAUACUGAUGAUCUAUGCAAAUAAUAUUAAAACAGUUCUAGAACAAAUGGAAAAGCAUGCUAACUGCCACCCACUUGUGCUGGAUAUAUUGGCACUGAUGGAUAUUGCAAAGGAACAAGUACAACUACUGAAGCUGCCUGUGCACCAAAGGUUUGUGACGAAGCUCCAGAUACAACUACAACAGACGAUGCAUGUGCCAAAUAUUAAGUUGGAUGUGUUACUACAGGAAAAGGAUGUGUUACAAAGUCUAAUUUGAAAUCUUGUACUACUUAUGAAGGAGAUACCACAAGUUAUUAAUCUAGAGUAGGAACUGAAGGUAAAUGUACGUGGAAGAGUGGAACCAAAUUCGUUGCUAGAGAUUGUGCUUCUGCAGCAAGUAAUGUAAAUACUAACCCACUUUGUGCUAAUUAUUUCACUAAUUGUGUGACAGCUGGAUCUGGAUGUGUUUCAUAUACUACUUGUGAUUUCACUGUCAAAUAAUAAAGUUGUGAAGGUACAAAUAAUUGCUCAUGGUAACCAAUUUGUACUAUUAUACAUAAUGCAGUGAUUAUAAGAAAAAAUCAAUUUGUUUAGCAAAUUAAGCCAGAAUUAAAACAUAAGAUGGAGUAGAUGAUUAAGGAAAUGCAAAAUUCAUUUAUGUAACAGGAAAAUGUGGUUGAUUUGGCUUGUUCAGAUUUAACAGGAGAUUAUUACAACACUUAUGCAAAUUGUGCAGCAGAUCUUUCAUCAUGUAUUAGUAAUAGAGUUGAUGCUUGCAUAACUAAAUAUGACUGUGGCAAACGACUUGGAACAUAAUCUACAUGUUUAAAUUAUCCAGGUUACUGUACUAAUGUAGCUUCCGCUACAGAUACGACUCCCUGUGUGUAAAGAAAAUGUGCAGAUAAUACAGACGCAUAAGAUAAUGCUACAUGCGCUACUUUCUUACCUGGAUGUAUUAGUAGUGGAAAAGGUUGUGUUGAUUACAAUACUCUAUGCACAUCAAUGAAAGGAACUUAGGAAAAUUGCAAUAAACUAUUUUCUUUUAAGACUGGAUCAAGUACGAACUUUACAACAUAAUAAUGCUACAAUAGUGCAAGUGCAACUGAUAGUGAUUUUUGCAAAGUUAAAAUAUGCAAAUUGGCAGAAAUCUAGACUGAUGGUUCAUGUGGAUCAUUUUUAGAUGGAUGUGUCUAUAAUGCUGGAGACACAACUUGUGCAAGUUACACAGGUGUUGCUGCAUUCUGUGAGUCAGCAAUUGUAGGAACAAAUAGUACAAAAUAUUGCUUUGGAACAGCUACAUCAGGUGCUUGCAAAAUGAGAGAAUGUACAGAUAAUACAUCAGCCACAAAAGACGAGGAUUGUGAGGCUUUCUUGGCAGGAUGUAUAGCAAAAAAUGAAGGAGGUUGUAUUGCUAGAUCUGCAAGAUUGUGUCCUGUGUAAAAUGGAACUGUUUCUACUUGUCCUAAUUUUAGUGGUGGGUUAUAAGUUGGAUCAGAUUGGACGAAGAUUGGGUGUACAAAAUAUGAUACCUGCGUAGAUAGAUAAUGUGCAGACAAAACAAGUCCUUAAUAAGCUUCAGAUUGCACAAACUAUAAAUCAACUUGUAGAUUCAAAUAGGCUGGAUCCGUAUGUAUUGAUGCAGGACUUUGUAGUAGUUAUAGUACUCCUGAUGCUGCAACAACUAAUUAAUAAAAGUUUGGUUAUUGCACAACUGUCAAAGAUAGCAGUGGAUAUGUUUGCGGUUGGGCCUCAGGAACAAAGUGUGCAGCUAGAACUUGUGAUUAAUUCUUGAGCACAUUUAAUACUUCAUUAACAUGCGUUACUUAUUUAUAACAGGGUGUUUCAAGUGCAGUGGCUGAUACAUGUAAAUUAGCAGGAACAUUUUGUUAUUUACCAAAUAUAUUAGAUUGCACCUAUGCAUUCCCAUCUGGAAUUGAUACAGAUGCUAAAAAAUUAACACAAUGUUAGAAAUAUGUGAACUCAUCUGGAAGUGGAGAUGCAACAUGCACUUAAUAGAAUACUUGUGAAAAAGUAGUUUCUUAAACUAGUGCAUAAACUUGUAAUGAUAUCUUAGGAUAUAAAAAGGGAAUAUGCUAAAAAGCGAGUAAUACAGGUUGCUUAUCAACUGUUGCUGCUUGUACAAGUUACACCUUAGAUUCAUCAUCAAGUGAUGCUAAUAAAAAGGCUACUUGUGAAUCUUUGAAAGUUGUUAAUAAUGUAAGUAAUUUUGGUGCAGGAACUGCU